AGACAAAAUCAGCGCAAUCCACAGUUAUAUAAAGUACAAGGCAUCGAUUCAAAAUUACCAAGUUGUCACCACGUUGUACGGACGCUUGCUGUUUUUGCUACAAUAUACGAGCGAUAUUAGCACCAGUUACCAGUCUCCAAUGGCUCUAAGGUUAGCGUCCAUAGCCCUGGGCUUGCUGCACGUAGCAGCGGCCCUGCCAGCCCUCACACUUGAAGAUAUGGAGAUGGCUGACGACACUAUGUCUGUCGGAUCCUACAUACGGGAAACCAGGGCAGCUGCGCCAGAAGACUACCACAGAUCUUACGAAAAUGAGGGCGACGGUGAAAUAGGCUACUCCAGGAAGAAGUCAGGAGGCGGCAAGAAAGGCUAUCAGCACUUCAACUCCUACCAUAAGAAGGCUGGAGAUAACUAUGAGUUCGAGAAACAAGAUUCCUUCGGCCACGACGAAGAGAAGCAAGACGGAGCGCACAGCCACAACCACGAGAGAAGAGCCGAAAGAUAUCGUGAACCAGAGCCCGAAGACUUAGAUGAGAAUGAGAGGCAGCCGGCUGAGAAACAAGAGAAGGAAAUAGACCAUGAAGAAAUUAAAGAGGGCGACAGUGAUGGCAACGGAGGCGUAGAAGCGAAGGGCCAUGACCCUGCUGAUUAUAUUUUACCUGAAAAAUACACGUACGGCAGUGGCGAAGAAUACAAUUUCUAAACAAACUAUAAAUCUAGGAAUGAUAAUUAUUCUAGACUGAUAGAUUGUAACUACAAACGUUUUUUAGAAAAAAAAAAUAUUCCCGCCAGAUUUUAAAUCGUAGAACGGGGUAAGCGCCAUCUCUCGUACGGUAUAAUUAACAACAGUUAUAGAAUAUUUUUAAUGUGUAAAGUAUUAUUUUGUAACUCUAAUUAUAAGAAAAAAAUAAUUAAAUAAA